AUGAGCUCGUCACGGGCUGAGCUCGAAUCCGUUCACUCACCCGCACCCGCACCCACAUCGGAGCACGACACCGACAAGCAUAUUCGGCACAAACUAUCCAGCUCUGGUGUGGUGGUGAUCAGAGUGUCCGUCUCGGAGAAGUAUAUUGUUUUGAGCCUGGACGAUAAGACCAUCCACGUGUUUUCAGCAGCUGGGGAGCCUAUCGUCGUGUUUCGAGACUAUCCGCAGAAUGCCUGGUCAUUGGCUUUGCGUGACGAUGUUCUCCUCUCUGGCGAGAUAGGCGGUGGGAUUCGGUGCUGGGAUCUGGCCGAGCGGCACCUCAUAGGGAGUCUCCCUGGACACACGGAAACCGUGCGCGCAUUGGGCUUUGCCGACGCAACGACGGCGGUGUCGGCGUCGAAGGAUGCGCUCCUGAAGAUCUGGGACCUGGGCACCGGGUCGUGCCAGGGCACGCUCUCAGGUCACGGAGACUCUAUUCUCGAUCUGGCCGUCGUCGGAGAAUACGCAGAAUCGGCCAGUAAAGACGGGACUGCCAAAGUGUGGAGCCUUCGCGAGCCAAGGAACGUGUCAACCAUGUCUGGCCAUACUGGACCCGUCUACCGCGUCAUCUGUCACAGUGACGGGAUCUUAGAGAGAGUAUAUACCGGCAGUAUGGACCACGAUGUCCGUAUUUGGGAUCUUAGCACUGGACGGCCUCUCGCGGUUCUGAAGGGCCACGAGUCAUUGGUCACCCACAUCUGUGUCAGUAGCUGCGGCAUUGACAGCUCUGCCGUGGUGACUGGCGGUGCCGAUGGGAAUAUCAUCAUCUGGUCGUGGCAGGACCAUUCAAUCCUGCAUAUGAUCUCGAAGGCGCACGAAGGGGCAGUGACCUCGCUUGAUGCAGGGGACGGGCACAUUCUGAGUGGUGGGAGUGAUGGCACCGUCAAGAUGUGGGACUUAAGGACCGGCAAAUUGCAGCGACGUCUAGGAAUGAACACCGAGGCGGUAUGGAGUGUGUCUUUGGGUCGAGGAGCCAGCCAGAGCCAUGCGGCCAUUGUAGCGUCGGCGCAAAGAUCCUCAUCUCCAGUGGGAGAGUCUCAUGAUGCAGUUCUCGAUGUGAGUGAGCCAUGGUCGACCUCUUAUAUCUCCGGAACCCUAAAUCGAAGGGCUAAAAAGCUGACAUGGGAAUAG